UGCAUGAUUACUGCAUGGGACCAGUACUACAGCCACAGAAUCAGUCCUUUAGAUGUUGUGACACACAGACUGAGAACAACUGUGCAGUGAUGGAAGUACAAACUGAAGAAAGUUUCCUGGGAAAAACAGCAGACUUCAGUUCACAAACAGAACAUUCUACUAGAGACUUUGGUGUACAAUGUCAGCUACCUAUGCUCACAUAUGAUGACGUAAAAUACAAUGACGAUUUGGUCAGUUUUUACACCGGAAUCCCUAAUCGAGUUGUGUUUGAAGCUUUGUUUGAUGAAAUCAAGGAUGAAGCUGAAGUGCUUGAUAAGGGUUGAUAAGGGUUUCACUAUUACAGACCUUACUACUCCAAGAGGCAUUCAUCUCAUUAUUCCACCAUUUAAACAGAAAGGAAAACAAUUCUCUAAACGUGAGGUUCUCCUUACAAAAGAUAUUGCAAGUUUACGAAUACAUGUUGAAAGGCAAAUGGAGAGAAUCAAGAACUUUCGAAUAUUGCAUGGCAAUAUUCCUAUAACACAGUCAAGGAGAAUUUCUAAAGUGUUCAAAAUAUGCACAUAUUUGACAAAUCUAU